AUGGGAUAUCAGCAGAUGACAACACCGGACGACCCGGUGAUACACAGUCCUCCUUCGUUACGUGGCGGUCUUCCAUCGGGACUUAUAAACGGGACCAGCAACUUCAGUUCUUUGGCUCAACGACAACAGACCAGUGCAGGGCUUUCGACCAUUCCAACAUCUCUUCAGACGUCUACCGGUAGAGUGCAUCGCUUGAAUAUUAUGGAUGAUCUCGCAAUGGCUGGCGGUGGAGUACGUCCCAGUGGUUCAUCCGGUUGUGAGCAGCCAACCAACCAUGAAACGCCGACUGAUGUAAAAGACUCACAACGUCGACAGAAAACGUGUCGAGUUUGCGGUGACCAUGCUACUGGUUAUAAUUUUAAUGUGAUCACUUGCGAGUCUUGUAAAGCAUUCUUUAGGCGUAAUGCUUUACGACCAAAAGAGUUUAAAUGCCCAUAUUCAGACGAUUGUGAUAUAAACGCUGUUAGCCGCAGGUUUUGUCAGAAGUGUCGACUUCGGAAGUGUUUUGCAGUUGGAAUGAAAAAAGAAUGGAUUUUAAAUGAAGAACAGCUUCGACGUCGAAAAAAUUCUCGAUUAAAUCAUAUGGCUGCAUCUGGACAGUCAACGUCACGGAGCACUACGUCAACCUCUUCUGCUAAUGCUCAGUCUACAGUUAGCUCAACGAGCGUCAACGCCACAAAUCAGUCUGGAGGAAGGCGUUAUACAGAACAAACGAUGAUUACACCUCCAGUUGUGCAUCAGAUGAUAAACCCAACAGCAUCAACAAUUUCGUCGAAUAUAAUUUCAUCAUCUCCCGAUUCACCAAGUCGAGGUGCUCGGUUAGGACUACCACAGAUCGACAAUAACGGAGAUGCUUACGAGUCAAAUAUGAUGCGUUUACAACGACAACAAGCAGCUGGAGCGUUUGCUUCGUUACGUCCCAACGGUUUCGAUCCUGCAUUAUCGGUAGCGACACCACUUCCUACACCAGCAGCAGGGGGAUCAUCAUCCUUAAGUAGACCGGCAGAACAAUUUAUGCUUCGAAGUGAACCUCAUGUAACUAUGUCUGUUGAUGAGUAUCAGGCAUUGAUUAAAGCUGCACGAGCAGGUGUUGGGCCGCUGCCGAAUUUACCUAAUCAGACAGGUGGUAUUCAACCAAUUCCAAAUUUUGAUGAUGUUAAAAGGGAACUUUACUCACCAAAUGCUCAACAGCGGCCGAUUAUGAACAUUGGCAUUAUACGACCAACGCUCAUUCAAGGAUCCACAGUUCCCCAUUACACCGACCUUGGAGUUACAGCGUCUUCGGUACAGCAGUUGGGUAGUUUUAAACCUCCUGAGCUUGAGGACAUCAAACCAAGGUAUUUGGGGACCAGUUUGACCGAGGAAUUGGUUCGUGAAUCUCCACGGCCCUCCAGUGAGCCUGGCGCAUUACGGCAAGCAAUCUAUCGUGAAGGAGAUUAUCAGUUGAACACAGCAGAACGGAAUGCUCUAGACAUUGUGAUGAACGCAUUUUCCUGCCUCAACGAGCCUCUAGACGACCCAAAACAGGAGGCACAUUUCAAAAAGCAAACUUACACACCGACAGAUAUUUUGAACAUGACUGAUGUUACAAUGCGUAGAUUAGUCAAGGCUGCCAAAAAACUACCAGCCUUCAAUGAUCUCUCCCACAGUGGAAAAUUUGCAUUGCUGAAGAGCGGCAUGAUCGAAAUGUUGAUUCUCCGAAGUGUGCUCUUUUUUGAUCUAGAAAACAAGUGUUGGCGGAGUAGUAUAGUUCCGGACAGCACUGAAGUUUCUAUUGGAAUAUUUGAUCAGCUUAAUGAAAAUGCUCGUGAUCGUCAAAGAGAAGAAUUUUUGAACUUUUAUCAGUCGCUUCAUCCUGACAUUCGACAUAACGAAACGGCGAUCAGUGUUUUGAUGUUAAUUGUGUUGUUUGAUCCAAGUGGGUCACAUUUUGCUGACUUGCAGGAUCAGAAGAUUUGUGCAAAACAUUAUCAAAGUUAUUAUUCUUUGCUAUACAGAUAUUUGGAAUCUCAGUAUGGUGCGGAAGCAAGAACUCGUUACUGUAACAUUCCGGACUGUUUACGUGCCCUGAAAACUGUCAGUAAGAACGCUACCACUCUGUUUCUGGGACGUGUUGACUUAGACGUAGCUGAGCCUUUGCCAAGAGAAUUUUUUAUAACUAAACCGACGUCGGAAUAA